AUGCAGAGCUUUAGUGGGGUGAGGGAGGAAAUGGGGCCCCGACUGGUAACGAUGAUAUUUUACACAAGAGUUCUCUCCGUCUGUUUCGAGUUACCGACGACAAUCCCCUACAUGAACAUUGUUCGAAACACCCUUGCCGAAGGUGCGAUUCACACCAGGCACUCUACCGACGAUCUUCCCGUGACGGAUGAACGGCUGUACCGAUACGAUUCAUAA